AUGGUGGAGCACACCGAGAUCCGCGUGGUUCGCUGUGGCGGUAGCAAAAUAAAUCACAGAGCACCGGUUUUUGCGAACGACUCAAGGUAUCUGUUAUGCGCCUCUGGUGAUUCAGUAAAAGUGUACAGCACAAACACAGAAGAAUGUAUUCACAGUUUACACGGUCACACAGACCAAGUCACAGGCGUCGCGCUCAAUCCUGCAAACCAUCUUCAGCUGUACUCCUGUUCAGCAGAUGGCACUGUUAGGCUGUGGGACUAUGUUGAUGGCAUUCACAUUAAGACAUUUAUCAUUGGAUUCCCCAUAUAUUCAUUAUAUGUCUCCACAAAACAUGAGGGAAUUGUUUUUCUCAUACUUCCAAUGGCAGGUGGUGGGUCUGAACGGUUCCAGCUGGUGGCCAUACAUCUGCCCAAGUCAGUGGAGCAGGAGGUGGACGCCAGGGAACUGUCUGCCGUCCUGGGAGACGUCAGCCCCAACCCCAGAGCCACGGCCUUCGGCAGAGAGGGUGAAUACAUUGCUUCUGUUAUUGGGCAUCAGCUCAAAGUGUAUUUCUUUAGGAAGCAGAAAACAUACAGUUUUUCUGUGCCACGAGGUAAGAAGAAAGGGGCCCAGAAUCAGAUGACCUGUGUGACCUGUCACCCCACUGAUGACUGCAUUGCCACUGGACACGAAGACGGCAAGAUCCGCCUCUGGAGAAACUUCACUCACCAGAAGGAGUACACAUUUUCCACACUACACUGGCACCACAAUGCUGUGAAUGCCAUGUGUUUUUCUCCAGAGGGUACCAGCCUUCUGAGCGGAGGUAUUGAGUCUGUGUUGGUCCAGUGGCGUUACGGUGAACACAACAACAAGAACUUCCUGCCUCGUCUGGGCGGCGCCAUCCUGCACAUCUCUGUGUCCUCAGACGGAGAGCUUUGCUCCACCUCUCACUCGGACAACAAAAUCACAAUCAUCCAGAGGAGCGUGAAAGUUUCUGCAGUAAUUCAAGGUUUAGUCAAAGGCGAGGCAGUACGGACAGAUUUAAUGAUUGAUCCCCUCAGUAAGGCUUUAGUGCUCAAUGGGAAACCAGGUCACCUGCAGUUCUACUCCCUCCAGCGUGACAAGCACCUGUACAAUCUGGACAUUGUUCAGCAGGAGUAUAUACAUGAGGCAGGUCUGGACCAGUUUGAGGUGGUCAGGGCAGCGUUUGACGCCCGUGGCUCCUGGCUCGCCACUGUCGAAGAAAGAGGACAAAAAUCCUCCGAACUCGAGAUUUCACUCAAACUGUGGGCCUACAACGAGCAGGCUCAAAGUUUUGAACUCAACACAACCAUCACGGCUCCCCACAAUGACCAGGUUAGGUCCAUGUGCUUCAGCCCGAGCUGUGACUCCACCCUGCUGCUGACCACGGCCAGAGACAACUGCUUCAAAGCCUGGCUGCUGGGCACCGAGCCUGACACACAGAAUGAGACAAGCUCUUGGGCGUGUGACUUCGUGGGGAACUACCACGACCUGCGUCCGUCCAGCUGCUCUUUCUCGGCCGACGGCUCGCUGCUGGCCGUCGGCUUUCAGGAAGUGGUCACCGUCUGGAACCCAGAGAGCUGGGAACUGCUCACCACGCUGUGCCAGCCCCCAGGGGACAUCAGGGAUCUUUGUUUUGGCCGCCUGAGCUGCUCCAAGUACCUGUUAGGAACCAACACCAAGAACCUCCUCUGCUGCUGGAACCUGCUCACCUGCUCCCUGGAGUGGAGCGCCUCCAUGGACGUGAGUCUGCUGCUGUCCGACCCUCUGUCAGAGAAUGUUGCCGCCUUUUCCUCCCAGUCAGGAAAGACUGACUUGUUUGUGUUCAAACCCAGCGAGCCAAGGCCGCUGUUUACCCAGAAGGCAUUGUGCUCGGGGGGCGUGCGCCACGCGGUCUUUGCCCCUCGAGGCGAGCGGCUGAGCAGCUGUGACGAGCGUUCUCAGUGGCUGAACAGAUCUCAGCUCUACUUCCUCACCGAUCAGAUGGAUUUAUUGACAUUGAGCACCAGAGCAGAGGAGGACAGGAUGUUAGCCGCGAGUAAGCAGCUUGUCAUCGACGACAGUGUGGCUGUUACACCGUUCUACCUGUUGUUAGGCAAACACAGACAACAGCAGAAGGAAAAGGAGGAAUCGCUGCUCAGUCCAGCUGUGGAGAGAAUCCAGUUGCCCAAAGGCUCGUUGGCCAUUAAAGAGUUGCUACACACUCCAGCUCAUGUGUUGCCUGCUGCCUCAGUUCUUUGUUCACUGUUCGUCAAUUCUCUCCUCAUAUCGAACACAGCAGACAGGGCGGACGAGGAGCCCCCAAAACAGGAAAUGGAGACUGACGGAGAGGAAGAGGACUCGGAGGGGGAAACGGAGGCGGCGGGGGCGCGGCUGGAGCCGAACGCACGGGCAUGCGCAGACGAGGACACCACGCCGCUGUCCAAGGCCCUGGAGAGAGAGCUGAGGAAAGUGCGAAAAAGCGAUUUCGGCUGGAUCGCUGGUGUUUUGGAUUCCUAACCGUGACUCAGCGACCAGGGAGCCCCGUCUCUCUGCUGCCUGUUACAGUAUCCACAGACAGUACAGAAGUAACUGAGCGACUGAGCAGAUGUGACCCGCGCUUAUUUCCAACCCAAGCAUCGGGGUUUUUUUUUGUUUUGUUUUGUUUUUUUGUUAAUCUGUCUUUUUUAUGUGGGAGGGAGAAAAAGAUUCUAAUGCUUUAUAAGAUGGAAUAUUUGUAAGACUGUUUCACAAAUAAAGCUUCCUCCUCAUUUCCA